UGUGUGUGUGUGUGUGUGUCUGUGUGUCUGUGUGUGUGUGUGUCUGUGUGUGUGUGUGUGUGUCUGUGUGUGUGUGUGUGUGUGUGUGUGUGUGUCUGUGUCUGUGUGUGUGUGUGUGUGUGUGUGUGUGUGUGUCUGUGUGUCUGUGUGUGUGUGUGUCUGUGUGUGUGUGUGUGUGUCUGUGUGUGUGUGUGUGUGUGUGUGUGUGUGUGUGUGUGUGUGUGUGUGUGUGUGUGUGUGUGUGUGUGUGUGUGUGUGUGUGUGUGUGUGUGUGUGUGUGUGCAGAACAUUAAAAGGCCAAGAAAGAAAGAAAGUCAAAAACAAAAGAAAAAAAUCCCGUAGAAACGAAAGGGAAAUAAAAUUGAUUAAGGAACAGAGUAAAGAUGAAGUUAGAGAGAGGGAUGUUGGUGUUUACUUCGGGAGAGAGAGAGAGGGAGAGAGAAAGUGAGACAGGUGCGUGUGUGUGUGUGUGUGUGUGUGUGUGUGUGUGUGUGUGUGUGUGUGUGUGUGUGUGUGUGUGUGUGUGUGUGUGUGUGUGUGUGUCUGUGUGUGUGUGUGUGUGUGUGUGUGUGUGUGUGUGUGUGUGUGUGUGUGUGUGUGUGUGUGUGUGUGUGUGUGUGUGUGUGUGUGUGUGUGUGUGUGUGUGUGUGUGUGUGUGUGUGUGUGUGUGUGUGUGUUGGGUCAGAUGUUUCAUUUAGUUUCGUUUAUUAGGGUAUUGCAUGCAGCAGCUGAUCUUCCUGUGUUUUUUGGUUUCAAUACCUUUCUCAAUUGUGUAAAAUCCACAGGUCCCUCCAGCCAUUUACCCACACCUCCUCCUCCUCCUCCUCCUCCUCCUCCUCCUCCAAAAUGAUGUUCCCUUGCUAGCCUCCACUCUGAGUGACAUCACUGGAGUUUCCCUUGGCAGCUCGAUGUAUAUAACAGCAGCAGAGAGAGUAUCAGUCAAUCAACCACCUCCUACCUUCAAAACACAGUCGACCUCUAAUACCACUGUGGGAACGUAGCUACUGAAGUUAUUCCGAGUUUACCGACUUGUAUACCUCAUCGCAAACCAGCUUGAUUGACAUUGGAGCUCCAGGCUUCUCUUGGAUACUAAGGACAUUGACGUUAGGUUCUAACUAUACGAUGGCAGGUGAUUGCAGCAGAGUGAUGUUAGACGUAGAGAGUGGUCCUGUGUACCCGGCAACGACCGUGACCCUGGUACGGGAGAAGUGCACACACCGGUGGAGGCUGUGUGGUGCCCUGCUGGCCGUGGCACUGUGUGUCUCACUUUUCGUUACCUGGCACACCAAGAGACAAGAUCAGGUCGAGGACGUUAAUGAACUUCAGCAUACACUGAGACAACUCUCUGUAAACAGAAAGGCUGCCAUUCAUCUGGAAGGUGAGUACAACGGUAGUGGAAAAUACAAGACCACAGUGGAGUGGACAGACGAUGAGGGCCAGGGAAUCUCACAGGGGGGUCUUAAACUCAACAACAACGAGAUCGUGAUCCCCCGGCCGGGCCUAUACUUCGUCUACAGCCAGGUCUCUUUCCGCGUCAGCUGCAAGGCCGACCCCAAGCACCCUAACAACCAGGAGAUGGUUCACCUGAGUAACACGGUCACGCGCUGGUCCCCAAGCUACGGCACCGAAGACAACAAGGAGUACCAGAUGCUGCUCAACUCCGUACGCACCGUGUGUAAGAAGUCUUCCAACAGCGAGGCCAGCGAAGGACAGUGGUAUAAUGCCGUGUACAUGGGAGCCGUGUUCAGCCUGGAGAAGGGAGACAGGCUGCGGACAGUCACAGAGAACAGGCUUCUGCCCCAUCUGGAGAGUGGCGAUGGGAAGAACUUCUUUGGCGUGUUCGCCUUGUGAGACGGACGAAAAUGGCAUGACGAUAGAGAGGAAGGCUACGUCCCAAAUCACCCUACACUUUAACUAUCGGUGCACUAUAUAGGGAGUAGGGUGACGUUUGGGGCGUGGCCUCAGUGUGAGGGGGAAAAGGUUCAUGCAGUAGGAGGGGUUAAACAGCUAAAUCCACGAUGAAGAAGAGGAUAAUGGAAGGUUACCUGAUAGGAGUCAGGGCCGUUUCAUCUACUGAAGUUGACUGAGGUUAAGGCAUCGUGUUGUUUCGUGUUAAAGCAUUGUGUUGUUUUGUGUUAAAGCAAAUGCAUUUUAUUUUUUAUUUUGAACUCUUCUGUCAAAGAUGAGGAAUUAUAGACUGGGUACCAGUCUGUUUGUGCCAUCAUGCCACUCCUUGUCAUGCCAAACAUUGGCUUGCAUGACAGCAUGAUGUAGGCAAGAGCACAAGCAGAUGUGGAACCAGGCUAGAGAAAUGACACCGAUCUAUCUAAACUGUAGCAGUUUGUUUAUGUAUACUUGGGUUUUAUUGUUUAACAAAUGUGUUGCCAUGGUGUUACCAUGACAGUAAAUGUCUAUGAUGCUAAUGCUGAACUACAAUCCACAGCACAUAAACCAACCCACACUAUAUAUAUAUAUAUGUAUAUAUAUAUAUAUAUUCUACUAUCUGAAGGAAUUCUGGCAUACAGUAUGAUUCAAUGUAUUUAAGCAGUGUGGUCAAAUGUCUCAUAUUGAGAAGUCAAUUCUAAUUGAUUCUGAAUUCAUUAUUUAUUUAGAAAAUAUAUAUUUAUCAUUAUGUUUUAGUUAAUUAUACUUGUAUUGUUUUCUGUAUUUACUAUUUAUUAUGAAGCUUUAUUUAAACUAGGCAAGUCAGUUAAGAACAAAUUCUUAUUUACAAUUGACGGCCUACCCCGGCCAAUCCCUGCCCUAACCCAGACGACACCGAGCCAAUUGUGCUCCGCCAUAUGGGACUCCCAAUCACAGUCGGUUGUGAUACAGCCUGGAAUCAAACCAGGGUGUCUGUAGUGACGCCUCUAGCACUGAGAUGCAGUGCCUUAGACCGCUGCCCACUCAGGAGCCACUAAGGGUAUAUAUUGUAUUAAUUGCUAUUUAAAUUACAUUUGAAAUUAUUUAUUUAUUUUUUUAUAUUUUUUAAAUAUUUCUACAUUUUAAAGAGUAAUUUAAUUGUAUGCAUGUAUUUAUUUAACUACAGUAGUGUUGUUGAGUUGAA